GCCAUCUUCGCCAGGAAAUCCGUGUGUUCUCUGUGUUUGUUGUCUGGAGGCUGUGGUGUCUGAAGUCUGUGGUGCCCGCUGCGAGCGAGGUUCUUUGUGCCUGAAGCUUCCAUGUAGAGAUCCCUUGUACAGUGGAAUCUGGCUGUGUGGACCCCCUUCCCAUCAAGCCUUCAUUUUCCUUAUCAUCCAUAUGUGACACCACAGCCCUCCACAAAGGUCUUUAUGCACAAUGAAAAUGAAGACAUCAGUGAAAACGUUGUCCUUCAAGGAUGUGUCCAUUAACUUCUCUCCAGAGGAGAGGGAAUACCUGAGUCCUGCUCAGUGUACUUUGUAUAGGGAUGUGAUGUUGGAGAACUACAGAAAUCUCAUCUCCCUAGCUGUGUCUUCUCAGUGCACAGAACCAGACAGAAAGCACUCAUUCCAAAAAGUAAUAAAAGGAAGACAUGGAAAGCACGGGCUUGGCAAUUUAAGGAAAGCAUCGGACAAUGUGGUCGAAUGUACAAGUCAGAAAGUCUGUCACAAUAGACAAAACCAGUGUGGGACAACUGCCCGCAACAAAAAAAUUUCCAUUGCUGUCAGAGACCAAGAACAUCUGUUGUCACAGAAAAUAACUAAUCAUUGUAAUGAAAUCCACAAAAAUUUUAGACAUGCCUUAAAUCCUAGUAAACAUCAUUAUACUCUUUUUCCAAAGAACUUUUACAAAUGCAUCAAAUGUGGGAAAGGCUUUCAUCAGUGCUCAAAACUUAUUAUCUAUCAAAGCAUCUACAGUCAAGACAAACCUUAUUCAUGUAAGGGAUGUGGACAAGCUUUUCUUGACAACCCAGCCUUUUAUCAACUUCAGAGGGCUCCUCCAGGAGAUAGACCUCACAAAUGCAAGGAAUGUGGCAAAGACUUUAACAGCUGUUCAGCCCUUAUUCAGCACCAGAGAUUUCACACUGGAGAGAAACCUGGCAGGUGUAAAGAAUGUGGCAAUACCUGUAACUAUUCAUACCUCUGUCAGCAUCAGAGAAUUCAUACUGGAGAGAAACCCUGCAAAUGCAAAGUAUGUGGCAAAGUUUUUAACUGUUCUUCCUACUUUAAUCAACAUCAGAGUAUUCCUACUGGAGAAAAACCCUAUAAAUGUAAAGAGUGUGGCAAAACAUUUAGUAAAAAGGCCUUUCUUAGUCAACAUCAGAGGAUUCAUAGUGUUGAGAAACCCUACAAAUGCAAAGAAUGUGGCAAGGCCUUUAACUGUUCUUCAUACCUUACUCAACACCACAGAAUUCACACAGGAGAGAAGCCCUACUUAUGUCGAGAAUGUGGCAAAGCCUUUAGCUGUUCUUCUCACCUUAAUAAGCAUCAGAGAAUUCACACUGGAGAGAAACCUUAUAUAUGUAAUGAAUGUGGCAAAGCAUUCAAUCAAAGUUCAAUCCUUACUCAACAUCAGAAAAUUCAUACAGGUGAAAAACCCUACAAAUGCAAGGAAUGUGGCAAAUCCUUCAACCAUUCUUCAUACCGAAAUCAACACCAGCGAAUUCACACUGGAGAGAAACCCUAUCGAUGUAAAGAAUGUGGCAAAGCCUUUAACUGUUCUUCACACCUUAGUCAACAUCAACGAAUCCAUACUGGAGAGAAGCCAUACAAAUGUAAUGAAUGUGGUAAAGCCUUUAUCUGUUCCUCACACCUUAAUCAACAUCAGAGGAUUCACACUGGAGAGAAGCCGUACAAAUGCAAAGAAUGUGGCAAAGCCUUUAAUUGUUCUUCCCACCUUAAGCAACACUGGCGAAUUCACACUAGAGAGAAACCCUACAAAUGCAAAGAAUGUGGCAAAGCCUUUAAAUGCUCUUCAUAUCUCAAUCAGCACCAGAGAAUUCACAAUGCAGAGAAACCUUGUAAGGGUAAAUGAGGUGGUAGAACAUUUAGUCAAAAGUUUAAUCCUUAACUUCACAGGAUUCAUACUGGUGAGAAAUAAGGACAAAUAAUAUGCAAAGCCUUUUAACUGUUCUUCACACCUUAAUCAACAUCAGAUACUUAGUACUAGAAAGAACUCCUACAGAUGUAAUGAUUGUGGCAAAGGCCUUAAUGACUGCUUAUCCUGGUUCAACACUAGUAAAUUCAUACUGGAGAAACACUCUUGUAGAUGCAUAGCAUGUGACACAGCUUCUCACAUUUGCUUAGGCCGUUCUCACUUGAAACCAAAGAGUUUGUAUUGGAGAGCCCUACAAAUGCCAAGAAUGUAGCAAGUCCUUUUUUUCCCCUUUCAGCAAAUCUCAUUCCUAUCCAACAUAAAAUUCACACUGCAUAGAAACUUCAUCGAAGGAACCUUGUCCAAUAUAUGCACCUCUGAGGAAGAAAAUAUUCAUGUAUACUGGGAAGCACAUUCCAUGUGUAGAGUACAGCAAAGCCUUUGAUCAUAUCUGCGUAUGGAAGUGGGGUUUGAACUCUGGGCCUUGCUCUUACUAGGUGGGUGCACUACCAGUUGAGCAGUGCUCAUGCCCCUUCUUUUUUCACAUAAGGUCACCUUUACAUGUUGCCAGUAGGGACCUCAAUCUGCUUAUUUCCCCUUCCCACAUAGCUAGGAUGACAGAUGGGUACCAUUAUGUCAAGCUUCUGUUUUGAUCUGCUGAGAUGGAAUCCUUGCAAACCAGUUGCCCAAACUUGCCUCAAACCAGGAAUCUCUCUUUAUCCCUUCUUCCUGAGUGGCUGGUGUUACUGGUGUCACUUCAAAUCUUAAUGGAUAUAAGGGAAUUAUAGUUGAAAUCCUACUGUAGUUGAAUUUGCCAAAACCUUGUCAUAAUUACAUUAGUUGAUAUGAUUGAGAGGCAUAAAUGAUCACAGUCAUCAGAACAGUGCAGAUAACUCAUCUCUGAAAGGAACUUUGAUAUAAAUCCAGGUUUCUGAACAAUUUCUGUUAGGAACUGCAUGAAGCACAGAUCUGACAUAGAUCAUAGGAGAGGAACACGAUUACUUCUUGAGGGUUUGUAUUUUUUCAGACAAUACAGUGGAUUUUGAUAUACUAUUUGGAUUAUUGUUUUAGCAAAUAAAAGUGAAUAAUUAAUGUG